UAUCCCUAUACCUAUCAGCAGCAGCGGCAUCAUCAUUCAUAAUUCAUAUAAUAUAUAGAAAGAGAACUGAAAUUGAAUUUGAAUAAAAAAAUGGGUGAAGAAUCAGAGAAGAGAUUUAACGCCGUCAUGGAUAAGCUCUUUCUUUCUCCCCCUAAUUCCACCAGAGUAACUAAUAGUGGAUAUUCGAGAGGCCGGAAACGCUCGUUUAGUACUACUACUGCUACAACGACACUAGCUUUAGCUGAACCCAAAUCUAAAGGAACUUCGACUGAAAAACUGCAAAAUAAUGCAUCCGGUGGCACGCCCGUGUGCAGACCGUGGGAUAGAAAGGACUUGCUGGCAAGGAUUGCUACGUUUAAGUCCAUGACGUGGUUUGCUAAACCCGAGGUAGUCAGUGCAAUUAAUUGUGCUAGGAGAGGUUGGGUCAAUGUGGAUACGGACACCAUUGCGUGUGAAUCCUGUCGGGCUCGUCUCUUCUUUUCUACUCCGUCAUCUUGGGCACAAGAACAAGUUGAGAAAGCGGCCUCGGUGUUUAGCUUAAAGCUGAAUAGCGGACACAAGUUACUCUGCCCCUGGGUUGACAAUGCAUGUGAUGAGAAGCUAGCACAGUUUCCCCCUACUUCCCCUGCGGAUUUGGUUGGUAACUACAAGAAACGAUAUGCUUCUCUGCUGCAACUUUUGGAGCUUCCUGUGAUCUCUUCAACAGCCAUCGAUUACAUGAGGAGCCCAUUGCUAGAGCACUUCCUUCAGUGCCCUCCAACUCUAGAUGAAUGUGGAGAAGCUUUGCCUGUCUCGUACUUUCAGGCACAAAAGCUUAUAAGUUUAUGUGGCUGGGAGCCUCGGUUGUUGCCUUACAUAGUUGAUUGUAAGGAUGUACAGAAUGCAGUUUCUGAUGCACAGAAUGCUAGUAUUACUGUAUAUUCUUCUCGCGCUUCUGAGAAUAUGGAAUCACAUGAAGGGUCUUCUACGGAAAAUGAGCAGUAUGAUCAUACAUCUGUGGUCCUAGAAUGUAGGCUUUGUGGUGCUACAGUUGGUCUGUGGGCUUUCCGUACAACUCCACGGCCUCCAGAGUAUGUUAGACUUAUUGGACAUGCAGAAAUAGACAACAAACACGAGGCUGCUUGUCAAAUAGAUAAUACCAAUCACCAUAGUCUAGAAACUUCUCAUGUUGAUAAUGGAGAACAAACAGCAAUUAUUCCUAUUAGUAAUACCCCAUCCUCGAGCAAAAACCUUUUGAAUUUGACAAUUGCAGGUGGUCCACCACCCGCGGAGCAGAAUUUCUGUCCGAAAAUUUCUUUGCCUGUUGUUGGACAAAACUUGAGGGCUCGUUUUACAUAUGCAUUUGAAUCAAUUGAUGGAGAUCACCCUAGCUCUACAAAUAAUGGAGUAAUUGAGGCAAUUGGAGAUGAGAAUAACGGACAAAUGUCAAUGGGAGGAGAUAGUAUUAUGAAAGCUGUAGUUUCUGAAUCCGAUACAACAACUGCAGAUCUAAUGGAAAAUGUUAAUGGAAAAACUCCAAAUGAAAGUGACAAUGCACCAGAAUCUCUAGCGAUUAUCGAGACUGCUGAUACGGUUGCACGCAAUCUUGCAACUAGUCUGCAUAGUGUAUCAGAUACAAGUAUCGUUGUCAAUGACUACAUGCAAACCCUGGGGCUCCCUUUGAACUCCAGUUCAUCUGUCUUAGAGAAGGAUUUAGAGCAGCCAACAGCUGCAAAAGCAAUGGAGUUUGAUCCAAUAAAGCAGCAUAGACAUUUUUGUCCCUGGAUUGCAUCAAGUGGGAAGCCAGCACCUGGAUGGAAACAAACCCUUGCUGCCUUAGGACGCCUGAAGGAGUUUGUUUAUCCAUCAGAGAUAGCUCAAGCUUCAUCUUCACUCAUUGAGGUGGACGAUCCUGUUGGUUCUGUCAAAAAGCUUCUGACACCCCCUUCUGCUAAAAGAAAGAAGUUCAUGCAUGGCUCGAGCUAAAGAAGCCUAUCAUUAGGAUAAUACAUAAAUUGAAAGUUUGUUGUCAAGUAAGAUGCCUUUGUCAUUUGCUUAAACACAUUUUUGACCUUCAAAUCUAGUUACAAGUUCUAGUUCUCCUGUAAGGCUAGGCAUAACUGUUUGUAUCCAGCAUUAAUUUUUUCAUUGUCACUGCAUAUAUUAUAGAAUUUCAAUGCUCACAAAAUUUUUGGCCUUUUACA